CUGAUGAUCUGGAGCAGCAGUGAGUUAAUCCUGUCUCUCUUUUUCUUUCUCUUUGUCUCUCUGGGCCAUCAUCCUGGGACUGUCUGUGGCUGAGGAACAAUUUUAGACACCUUCCCGCCUUUCCUUGUUCAGGCCUCAAGGCUGGCUGAGUAGCUGGCUACCUGCUUGGCGCCCCACUUCCAUGUCUCAGCUGAAGAAUGUGGAAGCCAGGAUCCUGCAGUGUCUCCAAAACAAGUUCCUGGCCCGAUAUGUGUCCCUCCCAAACCAGAACAAGAUCUGGACGGUGACUGUGAGCCCUGAGCAAAAGGACCGCACCCCUCUGGUGAUGGUGCAUGGCUUUGGGGGCGGCGUGGGCCUCUGGAUCCUCAACAUGGAUUCGCUGAGUGCCCGCCGCACACUCCACACCUUCGACCUGCUUGGCUUUGGGAGAAGCUCAAGACCAGCAUUCCCAAGGGACCCAGAAGGGGCUGAAGAUGAAUUUGUGACCUCAAUAGAGACUUGGCGGGAGACCAUGGGGAUCCCCAGCAUGAUCCUCCUGGGGCACAGUUUGGGAGGAUUCCUGGCCACUUCUUAUUCUAUUAAGUACCCUGAGAGAGUUAAGCAUCUUAUCCUGGUGGACCCAUGGGGCUUUCCGCUCCGACCAACUGACCCCAGUGAGAUCCGUGCACCUCCAACCUGGGUCAAGGCCGUGGCAUCUGUCCUAGGGCGCUCCAAUCCACUGGCUGUUCUUCGAGUAGCUGGGCCCUGGGGGCCUGGCCUGGUACAGCGAUUCCGGCCAGAUUUCAAGCGCAAGUUUGCAGACUUCUUUGAAGAUGAUACUAUAUCGGAGUAUAUCUACCACUGUAACGCGCAGAAUCCCAGUGGUGAGACAGCAUUCAAGGCCAUGAUGGAGUCCUUUGGCUGGGCCCGGCGCCCCAUGUUGGAGCGAAUUCAUCUGAUUCGAAAAGAUGUGCCCAUCACCAUGAUCUAUGGGGCCAACACCUGGAUAGAUACCAGCACAGGAAAAAAGGUGAAGAUGCAGCGGCCAGAUUCCUAUGUCCGCGACCUGGAGAUUGAGGGUGCAUCGCACCAUGUCUAUGCUGACCAACCACACGUCUUCAAUGCUGUGGUGGAAGAGAUCUGCGAUUCAGUUGACUGAGCUGUUUUCGCUAGAGGAAGAGGAGAAAGCCAGAGAGUCGCUCUCGCCUCCCUGUCUGCUUACUAUCCCCUCUGUCCUUUCCUCACCAACUAACACAUGCCAGGACAGGACCACAGUGAGAAAAGAGUAUUCCUGAUGCCACACUAAAGACUGGAGGUAGAAGCCACAGAGGCCUUGAGCUCCUGAGCUGGGGAAGAACAUAAAGGGUUGUGCAAUGCCACCCUAUUCUCUCCAUGCCAAGUGUUACCCUGUGGUAGUUAUGAAUGGAUUGCACUGAGCUACGUUCCCUCCCUGUACAGCCUUUCUUUCCUCUGGGCAAUGGAGAACUCUCAGCAGCCUUUCCUAGCUCUUUUUUUUUUUUUGGGGGGGGGCGUAGGUUUCAUGCAAGAGCAUCUUCUCCCUCACCCUCACCUUAUGCCAUUCCCAUCUAGAGUCUGGUUGGGGCCAGUUCCCACUUAGCUCCCAAGAGCAGGUCCUGGAGCUCCCUUCACAUACCGAGUCCCUUCCAUGACCUGAGAUGUCAUAGCCAAAGCCCUCAUUAACAGAGGAGGAAACAGUCCAGGGCGGGAUACCCCUAGCCUUUGGUGUCACAGAUCUGGAUAAUAUGACUCUGGCAAGGCUAAGGCUAGAACCCAUGUCUACUAACAUUCAGUGCUUAUUGCACACACGAUUUGCUAAGCUUUGAGGCAGACACCAUUGCCAUGGGGCUAGACCCGGUCACUGGCUAAGGAUAAGUCCUUAACUGUCCCAUAGCCUGGCCCCAUGCCUCGGCGCUGUCAUCCUUCCCAUGUCUCAGCCCUAGCCGUGUAAGCUAGGCACACUCAAGUGCUUCCUCCCUUGUCUCUUCUUCCUCCCUACUGGAGGCCUCUGAGCCUCCAUCUGUGCCUUGGGCCCCAGGCCCCACACGUAGUAUAGAGCAAAGGUGGCUGCUGGCGGAGAGAUGGGGAAAAGGCCCUUCAACCCUAGGGCCGUGUCUAGAUUCUCCAUGCCCACUAGUAUCUGCAGUGUUACCUGCCCCGAGAGCUGAGGCCCACCAUGAGCCCCUGCCCAUGGAGCAGUGGGGUACCUCAAGCCAGCAGGUCCUGUUCUUAUCAGCCACAGGAUGGUUCUCACUGCCUGAUCCUCUACCCCUGCCAUCUGUCCCCAUAGUCUCCAGCUCAUUCUGCCCUUGACGUACCUGUCAGCUCAUCCCAGGUGCUGCUCUGAGGCUCUGGGUAGUAGGCUGGGCCUGGUCCCAGAACCAGGGCAGCUCCUGCCUGCUCCUUCUCUUUUGUAAAGCCAACCCUUUCACCAGAAUAGUAUUAACUCCUGGUGCUUUGUACUACUGGUCCAGCUGCCUUGGACUUCUUUUCUAUAUUAAUAAAGAAAUGAGUAAAAA